CUCUCUCUCUGUGUUUUGUGGGUAUGGAAGAAGAACCUCAGUCCGUGCAGACCAACGGCCAGGGAGGAGGCGGGGACGAGUUCUACGAGGAGAUCGAGGCUCCCAAGUUCGUAGACUUCACCACACCAGAUCACUUCUGCCCCGACGACCGUUAUUGGUUCUGCAUGCGCGUCGGGUGUGAUCAGAAGCAUGAAGAAGAAUUAGACUCUGAAGCAAUAUACAAGAACUUUGUUCUUAGGGUUAUGGCAGCAAGAAGUCCGAAUGUUAAACUUCGAAAAGCACUAAACAGAAAGUCGCCAAGUUUGAAAUGCCCACUUACAGCUCCUGCAAAAUCUUCUAAGCCUAGAGUUUCAAGGUUGGCCCUGAUUUCUUCAAUCUCUCAUAAGAUAGUUGAUGCCAAAGAUAAGGCCAGACCUCUCCAUACUAAGAUCACUGCACCAACCCCAAAUGUUAAGGCAAAGCAGCCAUCUUCUGUAGCCAAAGCUCUCACUACUCCAAGGAAUAGAAAACCCAUCUCAAAUCCAGAUACAUUUCGAAGUGUUAGGAACUCCAAAGCCAAAAAUGUUGUGGUGCCAAAGAAUAGGAUCGUGGCAAAAGCUUUGGUCUUCAACUCUCCAAAGAAGGCUGUGAAAACCAAGGGUUCAUCGGAAUGUGGUAGUAAUGUGGGAAAACUUUGUGCAGCCAUGAAGAAACUUGAUAUCACAAGUGGAAAGAAACAUGUAUUGGGGUAUCCCAAGACAUUGCCUUUAGAUACUCCAAGAAAACAAUUGAGAGGGCGAGAGGUCAAAAGCCGGGUUUUUGAUUCAUUGCAUUCUAACAAAGGUAAGGGGCAGGAAGCAAAGUCCUUAAAGAGGAAGAAGACGGAAAAAGACUUAAAGCAGUGUUAUGAUAAUGAUUCCAGUGAUAUGGAGGUUGAAGAAAAAUCAAGGAAGGGUUCCUUGGGAGGGUUCUCCAAGUCAGUUGAUUCUAAGAGUAAUAAAGUAAACGGAGAUGAGGAGCAUUUGGAAGCUGGAAAAAGUUUAGAAUCUUCUUUAGAUGAGAAAAAUCAAGUUGAAGUGGUAUCAGAGACUUCAAAAGCUGAUAUUAGCUCCUUGUCAAGUUCUGAAAAGAAUGAUUCAGAAGUGAACUGUGAUAAGGAAAAGACCACUGAUGGAAAUGGUCAUGAAGGUAAACCAAAGUUAAGUUCAGGGAUGGGGAAGACCCUUGAACACAUGGAGGAAGAUGAUAAAGAAAAUGCUGUAGCCUCGGACAAUACCGAACAUGACAAUGAGAUCAUGCAUAUGGAUGAUAAAGAAAACCGUAUAACUUCUGAAGAUAACAGAGAUCAAAAGCGUAAUGGCCACUCGAAGAGGAAAAAUCUUGGUAACCAUAGUGCUUCCAAAAACUCACAAAAGGUCAUUCAAGUAGCAGAAAAGAUUCCCAAAGAAAACUCCACAUCAGCUGCCACUAGUGCUCAAGGGGUCAAGUAUAGUAAACCAAAACCCACAAAUCCGAAGCCUUUUAGGUUCAGAACUGAUGAAAGAGGGAUGCUUAAGGAAGCAAACUUGGAGAAAAAGGUUCAUGCACCUCUCAAGGAAAUCACAUUAGACACUCUGCCAGAAAUGUCCACAAAAAAACAUCAGAAUGUGAUACAGACAAAUAAAACCUGCCUCGGACAAAUUGAAUAUGAGAGUGAUAGCCAUGGUAGCUGUGAAAAGAGAAGAACCCGAUCAGAUCAAAAUGGGAAGGUAGGAGCUACUUGCUUGAAGACUUCAAAAGGAGACUUAGAACGGAAGUUAUCUGUAAUGACUCCUCCACAAAGAUGUAAAGUUUUGACCGCACAAAAACCACAGAAGGAAAGAACAAAGUCACCUAUGGUGCAGCCAAGUUUUGCAAGACCAAGAGGGGUGGAUUCAAGUAAGAAGAAGUCUGCCUCCAAGACACCUUGCCAACUCAGUAUAAUAAAGGAAAGCGUAUCAACAAAUAUAAGACCCAGGAAAGCAGCAAAACCGUGUGGUGUUUCUUCAGCAACCAAAGCUCGUACUCCUUCUCGGUCAUCAUCACGGGGAAGAAGGCCUGCAACCAUUCCAAAGGAGCCGCACUUUAUCCAUGUACCGAAGGACUGUACAAGGCUGCAGAAGGAAAAGGACUUUACUGAUGCCCAACAAAACUAAGCUGCUUUUCUUGGUUGCAUGUUGUUGUUGUUCAAUAAUAUCAUUGAAUUGUACUUGCUUGCUUGAAUGUGUUCUGGUUGUUAGGCUUGUAGUAAUUAUUUAUUUCCCCCAUGAAAGAGGGUUUCUUUGUAAUGAUAUAGGACUAAAUUGUAUCCUUUUGUUUUAAAGAGCAGAGGCAAUAUACUUCAUGAUUUUUCUCCAUUCAAUCACUU